AUGUUGAGAUCGUUUAAACCAACUUCUGUGCAACAAAAGUUUGCUCAAUUUGUUAGAUUUGCAUCCACCAAGAAAUAUGACGUUGUUGUUAUUGGUGGUGGUCCAGGUGGAUACGUUGCUGCUAUCAAAGCAGCGCAAUUAGGUUUGGACACUGCCUGUAUUGAAAAAAGAGGUGCCUUGGGUGGUACUUGUUUGAAUGUUGGUUGUAUCCCAUCCAAAUCAUUAUUGAACAAUACUCACUUGUUGCAUCAAGUUCAACACGAAGCAAAAGAAAGAGGUAUUGCCAUUGAUGGUACCGUGGGUGUAGAUUUUGCCAAGUUGAUGGCAGCCAAAGAAAAAUCCGUUAAGCAAUUGACUGGUGGUGUCGAAUCCUUGUUCAAAAAGAAUAAAGUCGAGUAUUUGAAAGGAACCGGAUCAUUUGUGGAUGACAAAACUGUCAAGGUUCAACCAAUUGAUGAAAACGCAGAGCCAAUUGAAGUUCAGGCAGACAAUUUCAUUGUUGCCACUGGUUCAGAACCAACUCCAUUCCCAGGUAUCGAAGUUGAUGAGGAAAGAAUUGUUACAUCUACUGGUAUCUUAUCAUUGAAAGAGAUCCCAAAGAGAUUAGCAAUCAUUGGUGGUGGUAUUAUUGGUUUGGAAAUGGCUUCUGUGUACUCCAGAUUGGGAUCCAAGGUCACCGUUAUUGAAUUCUUACCAGCCAUUGGAGCUGGUAUGGAUGCCGAAGUUGCCAAGACAACUCAAAAAUUGUUAUCCAAACAAGGUUUGGACUUCAAACUAGGCACCAAGGUCACAAAAGGUGAAAGGGAUGGCGAUGUUGUCAAGAUUGAAGUUGAAGAUGCCAAGUCUGGUAAAAAGGAGGACAUUGAGGCUGAUGUUUUGUUAGUGGCCAUUGGUAGAAGACCAUACACUGAAGGAUUAAACUUGGAAGCUGCUGGUUUGGAAAAAGAUAACAAAGGCAGAUUAAUCAUUGAUGAUCAAUUCAAGACCCAAAAGGACAACAUUAGAGUUAUUGGAGAUGUCACAUUUGGUCCUAUGUUGGCCCACAAGGCCGAAGAAGAAGGUAUUGCCGCAGCAGAAAUCAUCAAAAACGGCCACGGCCAUGUCAACUACGCCAAUAUCCCAUCCGUUAUGUACACACACCCAGAAGUUGCAUGGGUUGGAUUGAACGAACAACAAUUGAAAGAUCAAGGAAUCAAGUACACUGUUGGUAAGUUCCCAUUCAUUGCCAACUCCAGAGCUAAAACCAACUUGGACACAGAUGGUUUUGUUAAGAUCCUUGCUGAUGCUGAAACUCAAAGGGUUUUGGGUGCUCAUAUUAUUGGACCAAAUGCCGGUGAAAUGAUUGCUGAAGCUGGUUUGGCAUUGGAAUACGGUGCUUCGGCUGAAGAUAUCGCAAGAACCUGUCAUGCCCACCCUACAUUAUCUGAAGCUUUCAAAGAAGCUGCAUUGGCUGCUUAUGACAAACCAAUCAAUUUCUAA